AUGAACGCAGACGACACUGCUUGGACCGAGCCCAUCGCCUCAACGUCCCGGGCCGUCUUCACGCUGCCCUACAAGGCGAACGACGCGCAGGAACAGGCUGAAGCGGACUUUGCCGAUGCUGCCGCUCUCGAAGCGUAUCAGAGCGCGUGGAACGAGUGCAACGGCAAGAUUCAGGCUACCCUUUCCAGCCUGCACGACGCAUCGCUCGACCAGAUUGUCGCCUUCGUAAGGACAGCAGCAGACGGUGGCGACUCACUCUACACUGCGCUGAGCGGACGGGCUUUGCUGAGAACCGGACUCAUCGUCGGCGCCAGUCCCGGCUCCUCGUCUCUCCUCUACUCCUCUCUUAUCCGCCAACUCACCCGGUCCACCUCGACGAACUCGUCUACGGCUCAACGCCCUUGCCUCGUCUCGCGUCUCGCCAGCCGCGACUGCUCGAACAUCAAGAACGCCCUGCGGAGCCUGAUAGGCGGUUUCAUUGGGAGCGAUGUCGAGAUCGAGGCGGAUGACGAGGGCGAAGAGGAGGACCAGCAUGUCGGAGGUCCUGCGACGCUGAAGAGCGCACUCUUCGUUCCGGAAGACAUGCUCAACCUCAAAGCGUGGUACGAGCAUCGCUUCGGGAAGAAAGACUCGGACAACGCACCGACAGUCGUCGUCCUGCUGGAAAAUCUCGAGGCAAUGGAUGGCAAGGUCUUGACGCAGAUGAUCGACUCCCUCUCACACUAUGUCGACACGCUUCCGCUCGUCUUUCUUGUUGGCAUCGCCACCACGGUCGAUGCCGCUUACUCACUUCUGUCGCGCAAGACGGCUAACAAGCUCGACGCCUCGAGCUUCUUCGUCGACCCGGGCGUGAGCGCGUUCAACGCCCUCGUUCGCGGGGUCUUCGUCGACUCGCAACCUCCGCUCGGCCUCGCGCCAAAGCUUUAUACCGAGAUGUGGCGGACAUUUGAGGACCUGCACCACUCGGUCGACGCGACGAUCUCGUUCAUCCAGGUCGCGUACAUGCACCACUUCACCUCGCAACCGUUCGCCUCCUUCACCCGUCCAACUCCAGCUUCACCGCCUACUCCCGCUGCCUUCGAAGCUCUCCGCACCCUCCCCUCUCUUUCGUCUGCGCCAGACCUCGCCGCAAACAUCCUCAAUCCCUCGACUUCUCCCACUAACGUCCUCUCCGAAGUCGAGAUUUGCCGACAGGCCGUUUCGAUGUGGCACGCCGAGCGGAGCGUUGCAUUCGAGGCUUUGAUGGCGGCGAUGGAGUUCUGGGAGAAGCGCAAGCCGAUGGAGACGAUGUUGGCGAUGGUACUUGGCGAAGGCGGCGAGAAAGGCCUGGCUAAGACGGUUGACGACCUGUGCAGUCUCGUGCUACAAGCUUCGUCGACAAAACUUCCUCUCUUUCUCUCUUUCCUCCUCGAUCGCCUCUCCGCCUUCCUCGUUUCCCGCCCUUCCCUUCCGACCGACCUCGCCGACUACGUCUCCUCCCAAGAAAGCGUCUUGAAGCCCAUUCUUGACGCACCUCGACCAAUCGGCCGCUCGACCCUCUUCAACUCGAACAUCGCCGGAGGACUCGCUUUGCCCGGUAUGGGUGUUGGAGGAGGAGCAUCGUCGGACCUGGAUAGGCAGUUCUCAAAGGUGGCGAAGGAGACGGCGGAUGGGUUGAAGAGCAGGCUCAAAACGGCACUUCGGCCCUGCACCGAUUUGCUCUUGCACGAGGUCUGGUUCGCGAACGACUCGACAGUCAUGAAGCGCCAUCACCCGACUCCUCUCCCCUCCCUCUUCCGCACCCUCUCGCGGCUCGACCCCUUCUCAGACCCAUCCUACCAGCCCGACCCCUCCGAACCGCCACCCGUCAUGCACGACCUCGUCAUCGCCUACCGCACCUACGCCGAGACGCAUCCUUCGGGUAGGCUGGCGAAUCUGGGAGAGUGGUGGGGCGGGUUCGAGUUGCAGGCGGCGGAUGAGCCGGAGAAGGGCGAUGAGGCGGGAGAGAGUGCGGCGAAUGGGGACAAGGGGAAGCAGGCGAACGGGAAGAAGAGGGGGAGGAAUGGUGCAGAUGCGGAUAGCGAGGAGCAGGACGAGGAUGAAGAGGAGAGCGAGAGUGAAGACGAAGAUGUGGGACCUGCGCGGCGGAAACAGGCGCGGUUCCUCCGGGCGAUUGGCGACCUCGCACACCUCGGCUUCAUCCACCCGACGACGUACAAGCCCGAGCACGUCCUCAAGAGCGUCUACUGA